AUGAGACAAAUAAUAAAAAAGGAAGACUCCAAAUUCUUAGAUCAAAUUGUGUGCAAUAUGCUCCAGUUGAAUGACUCCUUCUAUUGCUAUGAACCAUUUAAGAUAUAUAUUUUUAUUGUAAGCAUGUGUUAACCAGUAUUUUAUCUCUACUAUUACGAUUAUGAUUAAUUUUAAGAAAAAAUACCAAAUACUACUAUUCAAUAGAUGAUAUUUUACUUUUUUAGGCCAGAAAUACUUAUAUUCAAGUUUUUCCCAAACCUAGCCUUACUAAUUAUGCCAUACAUAAUACUAGUGCUUUUAUUUAUUGCUAAAUUAGGAAUCAUAUUUAACUUAGCAAAUGAAAAUUAAAGAUAUUUAAAAAGAUAAAACAAUCCUAGCAUUCUCAACAACAUGCUUACAACAUUCACAUCAUAUUAUUAAUAAUUAUUAUGUGUUGUCCUGCACUACCCUAUAUAGACACUAAUAAUUAGUGCUAUAAGUAAUACCCUCAAGUAAUUUCAAAAUUAAAAUUCCGCUUAUUUUGCUUUACUGUUAUUUGGAAUCAUCAUUUUCUUCAUUGUCGAAAUCGACGCUCUAUUGCAUCUCUUUAUAUGCUUCCCCUCAUCCAAUUUCCACAUCAGAGGAUUUGAAAAGUCACUUGUAACUUCCCUUGACAUUUGCAUUUAUGCGAUUGAAUUACUGCAAAUAAUUUUCUUUGGAACAAUAAACAAACAAGAAAUUUCCUAAUUUUCCUAGAUAGCCUUAACCCUCAUCAUUGCUCUCUUAAAGAUCACUAAUUAACUCAUGUACCAAGGAUACAUCUAUAAGUCUCAAAGAAUAACCUUAUACUUUAUAAAUUCCAUGAUAAUUUCAUACUCAUUGUAUGCAUUCAUAGAUCUAAAAAAUAAUUCCAUCAUAAUUUGGCCACUCCUAGCCAGCAUUGUAUUUUACGCUGACUACCAAUACCAAAUCAAUUCCAUCUAGUCGAUAUUUAUCAAUACUAAACAACCUAUCACUAUGUAUGUGUAUUAAUUGGUCAAGUUUUCAAAUAAUUGCUAUCAAAAUGAAAUUUAACCCCUCUAAAAUAGUCUCAUUUGGGCUCAGCACAAAGCCAAAUGUUCCAAUCUCAAUUGUUCUUGCAAGGAACCAACUUUAAAUAUCUUAGAUGUUCAAUAAGCCAACAUUAUUACCGAACAAAUUUUUAAGUAGUUCAUUUACACUAAAAUAAAAAACAUUACUAAGCAAAUCCAUGAGAAUCGAAAUAUCCAUAAUUUAGAUGCUGCAUUCUAUGAAAUUGCUUAAGCUACCCUAUUCAUGAGACAAGGAUUUGUACUCAUAGCUAUCAAAAACUAUAAUAGAUUUUUAAAUAAUUCAUCCAAUGAUUAUAGAGUAAGAGUGAUAUCGAGUGAGAAAUCUCUUACUAAUAGAGCUUAAAAGAAAAUGAAACAAAGUCAAGCUGAUUCAUAAAUUCAAGAUAUUAUAAAUAAUUAACACAAGAAGGUCUUAAAAUAUGAUGCUAUGAACAGAAAUUUUCAGGUUUCCACACUUAAACUUAUAAAAAUAUAAUACUUAUUGAGAUAGGCAUAGAUGUAUCUUAAUGAAAAUUUCACUAAUGCCAUUUGCACAGCCCAAUAAUUGUAAAUGUCUGAUUAUUUGAAUUUUUACUUAAACAGUGAGUUUCAAAUGGAAGACCUUUAAAAAAUGAUAAUUAAGAUAAUAAAAUUGAAAAUAGAAUUCUACACUUAUCUCUUGUAAUGCGAUGCUAUGAAUUCUGAUAAAAUAUUCGCUUACAAAAUGAAGUACUUCACAUAAGUUUUGGAUUUAGAAGAGAGACUUCUUUCAAAAUAUGAAGCAUAUUAAAGUAUUAAACUGAGAUAAAUGAUAAUUUUCUUUUAUUCACGAAUUUAUAAUAGUUACUAAAAGGCUUAAAAAUUCAAAUAAAUUAAUAACAACUAAUAAUAGAGAUAUGUUUUUAGCAAUUAAGUUAUUGACUUCUAUUCUGAUAAGAUUAUGUAUGUUUUGUUUUAAUUGCAAGAUGAUCUAUAAAAUCUAAAAAUUAAAUCUCAUUCAAGUAAUUUCCUGAAAAUAAUUGGUCGGUAACCAAAUGACCAUCUCAUAUAGUUUACUGAUAUAUUACCUGACUUCAUAAGAGAAGAGCACCCUGCUAUGGUUUAGAGGUUUGUUUAAACUGGCAAAGCAAGAUAUUACAGAAAUCUUAGUCUCACAUUUGUAAAGCAAUAAAAUGGAUUAUCCAAAUAAAUGGAAUAGACCUUUGAUACAGUCACAUUAUUAAAUGAUAAUAGAGUAGUAUUUGCAUCCGUUCUCCAAGAUGUACUAGAAUAAAAAGGCUAGUAAAUGUAAAUGGAUUGUUAUCUGGUAUGA